CACUUCACUGUCUUUGACGGCCUGUAGGAAAACGUAGAUCGCCUCCCCCGCACCGGCAGCAGCGGCAUCAGUGCGCGCUUUUACCCGAUAAUUCGACUCAAACGGCCUCCUGUCAGUGGGGAAAUCAGCGGACAUGUCUUUUCUCGGCGUCAUCGGCAAACAACUGAAGAGCCAUCCCGCUCUGAUCCCCCUCUUCAUCUUCAUCGGUGGUGGGGUGACCAUGAGCGGCGCCUACUUGGCUCGACUGGCUCUGAAAAACCCAGACGUCUCGUGGGAUCGCAAGAACAACCCUGAGCCCUGGAACAAACUGGAGCCCACUCAGCAGUACAAACUGUUCGCAGUGAACAUGGACUACUCCAAGCUGAAGAAGGACAGGCCUGAUUUCUAAGUGGCUGCGUCUCUGACGUUGUCAGCAGUGUGAAGAGCCUUUUGCACCUUUGAAUAUAUAUUUGUGAAAUGAAAUGAGUGAAAGUGACGCCGCACACCCAGUGAGAGUAAAGGCAGGGGAUCAUUCACAGCAUCGAUGGCUGACUGAAUAAAGCAGGCAACCACCUGUUUUACUAAUUUAUGAAUUUAUUUUUUGACUAUGUUGUAAAUCAUUAAAACUGUUUCAAUCACACUUGUAUGUGUGUUUUCGAUGCUACUGUAUUUGAAAUAACAGAUUUUGAGGGAUCAAGGA